AAAAGAUAUGCCAUUGCCUAAUAGAAGUGAAGUCAAAAUAGAAUUGCUUCCUAUAGAAACUACUUCGACUUUACCAUUUAUUGAAACUAAAAACUCAAUGUGCAAUAUAGAAAUAGAAUCUCAAGACAACUCUUGA